UCCGCGUCGCGACUUUCGGAUAUCUCAUUCCUUUUCUAUAAAUACCUCUCUUUCGUCGCCUUCAAAGGCGUUUUCCCCCCCGCAGGAGAGAGAGAGAAAGAGCUGGUCAGGGGUUUUUCUGCAGAAGCAUAACAGAGUCUUGGUGUGUAAUACUCGUUACAAACGUCAAAGUUGCUGAGUUAUAGAAGCAAUGGAGGUAUAUGGCAAGUCUAUGAUUGCCGAGCCAACGAAUGUUAUUUUUUUGUCGAGUAUUCUCAACCGGGAUGGAGCGAUCCCAAGUCACAAAUGUGACAAGAGAUGCCAAAAUGAACACGUGUGCGCAAACAUUUACCGCUGCAAACUAACAGGAAUCACCCAUAUCUGUGAUAAAAACUGUAACCAGAGAAUUUUGUACGAUAACCACAGCUCUCUUUGCAGAGUGAGCGGGCAGGUUUUCCCUCUUACACCGGCAGAAGAGCAGGCGGUGAGAGGAAUUCGGAGGAAGCUCGAAGGAGACACCCCUGACAGCUGCGCCUUUAAGCGCAGGCGUGAUGCUCAGAUGCAUCCUUCUCCUUUCGAGAGGUCUUUCAGUGCUGUUGCUCCAAUCUGCAGCCAAAUUGGAGAUGGCAUGGAUAUGAGUUAGUGUUAGCUGGGUUCCUUUCGGUCUUUUCAUUUUUCUUUCCUUUUUUUUUUUUAAUUUCUUUUUCUUUUUUUCUUUAUUGUCCGGGGGACAGAACUUACGUACUAUGGAAGACUUGAAAGGGAACUGAAUGUGGUCAGGGUUGUAGGAAAACCUAUUAAAGCUUAUAUUUCAGUCUCGUUUAAUAUGGAAUCGGUCUCCUGUAACUUGACUCUUUUUCUUAGAGACGCAACAUGUUCUAAUUACCAAUUCCAGAGCAUCUUUCCCACUUGAAUUUCUCACUUGAAUUCUUCUAUUGUCAUUAAGUGUUAUCUGGAUAAUGUUUUUUUUUCUUUUUUUUCUUUUCUUUUAUUUUUUUGUGAAAAGGGCCUUCUCUUCUCUGGCCUUUGUUGUUGGACUUUGAUUCUAACCUUUAUAUUGGUGUCAUUUCGUGUACAUAAUUGCGUUAAUGAAUGAUUAUUAUCACCUUCGGCUUCUUUUAUAAUUUGUCUUGUGUUAUAAUUUAUAAUAAUUGUAUGUGGAUAAGUUGUAGGAAUUUGUUGCAUUUGUUUAUGAAGGCCUUCCUCACCACUGAAUUCAAUUUUUAUACGUCUGUCCAUCUUUUCUACUCACCUCAUCUUGAUUUCCUAUUGUAGUAUGGUGUGGUUUGCUUUGUGUGUUUGUGUGUGCUGAGUUGUUGUGGCUAGGUUAUUUAGGUAUGCAUGUUAUUGAUGACAUGAAUGGCAGGUUUUUGCUGGUUCAAGUGAAGGCUUAUGAUCAUGGGUAGAUGUUUCUUUUUCUUAAAAAGAAAUUUUCCUUUUACUGCUAGUUAGUCCAAGGCUGACCAUGAUGGGAGAUUUUCCUGGUGUAUGUUUCUCAUUUCAUUUCUGUUGACAUGGGUUCCUGAAAUCAUGUUAUUUUGCAGGAGUUUUGAGGCGUAUGCAUUCCAGGAGAGCCAAAAAAUACUUCUACUGCAGUAGAUGAUUGUGUUCCUAGUAUUGUGUGUGCAUUCUAUUGGCAGGAAGUUCUUAUCUCUUGAUUUGCAUUCUUUUUGCAGGGGUGUGGUGAUGUAUCUUACAUUGGAGAUGGGGAAAUCACAUCAAUGCAGUGACAUGGAAAUUGCAACAGCAGCAGCAGACUCACCUCAAGUUUGAAACUAGAGCUGGUUAGCAACAGGCUCACCUAAGGCAUUUCUGGGAACAAGUCUACGGCAAUGGAUUGCAAAAGAAAAGAAAAAGGAAAAGAAAAACAAGCCCAGAUGCUAUAUAAGCGCUUGGGAGAAGAAAAUGGUUCUCACUGAGGUUACCUGAUUGGCAGAAAUCCAUUUUGAUUGAGAGCUGAUAAUCCCUGUCCAUAUUCAAGUAGGCAAUGAUAGACGUGCAUUAAUGGAGGUUGGUGACUGCCACAUGACUCUGUAAGGUAUAUCUUUAAUAGGAUACCGUUACUUGUUUUUCUAAUGCGAUUGCAUUGAGAUUUGGUUGAAAUUCUAGAGGAAUGUCACAAGAACAUGUACAUAACAUACACUUUUUUCAUUCCGCAAAUAUUACAUUGUAUUCUUUUGUCCA